AUGUACAAUAUUUUAUCUGAAAAUUUACAUGAAUUUAAUGAAUAUUUUGUAGAAAAUUUUCAUAGCCUAAUUUGUCGACAUACUGUGGGUAAAAAUUAUAACCCAGAAGGAUUGAGGCAUGAUGCAAUAUCUAUUGAUGAUAUUAAGCAUAUUACGAAAAUAGUU